AUGGCCGAGAAAGCAAACCCUCCAGCAGUUCCUACCUACGAGGAACAACAACAGACGGAAACCCACGAGCUUUCCUCCAAAGAAAUGCCUGCAUAUGCGCAGCCUCCCACCGAACAGACGCCUGAGAUCCAACCGCAUCAGCCCCAGCAGACCUUCUAUGCAGGCUCCCAACACCCGAGCGGCUAUAAUACUCCGACUCCACUGUAUGCACUGCAGAAAACGCCAGCACCUGUCGACUGUCCGGCCUGUGGAGAGCGGAAAAUGACUCGCGUGGAGGCAGAAACGGGCAGUUCAACUCAUGCUUGGGCUGCAGUGCUCUGCUGCUGCCUGUGUCUGGGAUGUAUUCCGUAUAUGAUGUCGUCGCUGAAAAACCAAUGUCAUUACUGCGGAAAUUGUGGUGCCUUGUUGGCUACAUGGCAUAACAGUGGACGGACGGAUGUGCAUCAGCCUGGCUCGAAGAAGUAA